UCUCUCUCCUCCAGUCCUCUUAUCUGCGGGUGCAACGCAGCGGCCAGGAUGGACAUUAUAAACCAGUUGGUCGCCCAAGGGCAGUUCAGAGUGUUGAAGGUUCCUCUGGGCUUCAUCAAAGCCUUACAAUGGUUCUUUGCCAUCUUUGCGUUCUCCACGUGUGGGAGUUAUUCGGGGAUGUUUAAGAUGUCAGUCGACUGUAAGAACAGGACAGAGAGUGACCUCAGCAUCGAGGUGGAGUUUGAAUAUCCCUUCAGACUGCACCAGGUGUAUUUUGACGCCCCCACCUGUAAGGGAGGGAACCCGGACCGUCUCUUCCUCGUGGGAGAUUACUCUUCCUCUGCCGAGUUCUUCGUCACCAUCGGAGUCUUCGCCUUCCUUUACUCCACUGCCGCGCUCAGCAUCUACAUUUUCGCCUACGACAAGUACAAGGAGAACAACAAGGGACCUCUUAUUGACUUGGGUGUGACGGCAGUGUUUACCUUCAUGUGGCUGGUCAGCUCAGCGGCCUGGGCUAAAGGUCUGUCAGAUGUGAAGACGGCGACCGACCCUGACAAGGUCAUCACGCUCAUCUCAGCCUGCCGCUCCAAGGAGAACCACUGCCGAGAGGUUCAUGAUCCUGUGAUGUCUGGACUCAACACCUCCGUGGCAUUUGGUUUCAUCAACCUGAUUCUUUGGGGGGGAAAUCUGUGGUUCGUGUUUAAGGAGACAGGCAUCAUUGCUCCGUUCAUGCGUGCUCCUCCUCCCCAAGAAAAACAGGCUGCACCAGAAACUUACGGCCAGCAGGGGGGAUACGAGCAAGACCCAUACUCUGGCAACCAGGGAGGCUACCAGCCUGACUACAGCCAGCAAGGAUAUAACCAGGAUGCAGAGUACGGCCAAGGCUAUGGACAGCAGGGGGCGCCAACCUCAUUUUCCAAUCAGAUGUGAACAAACAGGAAGCAUAGAAGCGUGGGAAUGGACGAGUAGUGGGUUGCCUGCCACCUACCCACAAUGCAACACUUCCUUGCAGCUGCCUGUCUUUGGAAUUGGGGGGAGAGGUGGCAAGUUGUUACCUAUUGUGAUCGAUGUGUUUAUGAAAAAAAAGUUAUAAUGAGUCCAUAACUUGAAGAAAGCACCAAAACAAUAGAAAAGUUAUAAAAGAUAAUGGUAUACAAUAAAAUUUAUUAAACAAUGGAUGAUGUUGAUUAAAAAUCAUAUUUAGAACUUGAGAGAAUGUAUUUGUUUGUGUUGUAUAGAUAUCACUCUCAACAAACAUCUAGACUAUACAAAGCUAAACUGUAAUGUUUCCUAAUGUUUUUCUGAAAAGCAUCGAAGACUGACAGACGUACAGACCCUCUUUCCACCUGCCAUUAGCAUGUCACCAGUUAGCUUGUCUCCCAAUGUCCUGUUAACAUGUGUCCUGUUAGCAUUUGUCCUGGCCAAAACAGAACCAAAAUCUGACCAAACCAGCUGCUGAUGUCACACAUGAUACCAAAGUGUAAAUGUGAUAUCCAUGUCCUACAUUAUAUCCUUUAUGGGGAUCCAACAAGGAAGACAAUGUCAACAGAACCGACAGCUGAGAGACUAGCCUAAAACUAGCUAGGAUGGUUAUGUUAGUGGCUCAAACAUAGCCAAGUCUUAACAUAUUAAAACUAACAAAGAGUUAAAACAACAUCUUAGAAAAGCUAUUAUUGUUCCAUAAAGCUAGCGAGGAAUAUCCUGGUAGCGGUAGCAGUCUAGAAUGAGCUGUGUUUUAAGAUGACUAGCUAGCUAAGAUGGCAGAUUAAAGCUAACAGUGAUAUGAUGGCACACUGGUUUCAGUUUGGUUUGAUAAAAGUUGAAAUAAUCAUGUAAACAGCUGCAUUAAAAGCCACUUGCUCCUCAGCAGUGGACUGUAGAGUCGUGCUACUGCCAGGUGGAAAGGGGGCCCAUAAUGACUUCUGUCUACAAUUUGCAACAUUUUUCUGUUUGUCGACAAAAUGUCUUCUAUCAAACUGUGUAAAGCCAUCAUUUCCUCUUCUCUUAUGUUGUCACUCCAUUCUCUUGACUUGAGAGAGAAAAGAUACACAGCCAACAUGUCAAGCGGACAAACUAUUUUAAACUGCAGUUUUACAAUAUUUUUUUUUUCUUAAAAGAAUUUAUUAGUCUGUUGAUGGGGUGAGAUUUCACUUGUUUCCAUCUUAAUUUACAGUCUACAGUAAAAGUCAUUAGAAAAGCAACGCUUCUUUACUGGAACUAGAGUGCUCACUGUUUUGGCGGUUAGCGGCUGCUGCUCAGUGCUAACAGUCUGUUAGCAUGGUCUGUUAGCAUGGUCUGCUGUUAGACUUACAACCCAACUAGAUCUGAGGCAGCUCGUCUUCAGGUGAGCAUGGUUUACAACACAUUCAGAGUUACAGAAGGAUUUCUGUGUAGUAAUCUCACCCUGCUGACAGGCUGUCUCUGAAACAGAUUUUAGCCCGAGAGGAAACAAGAUUAGAUAUCAGAGUAAACGUGAAGACGGGCCGGAGUCUUUUUCUGACAGUAAAACAUUUUGUUCUCAUCAGUUCUUUGUGAGAAAUGUUUUAAUGAGUAUUUAUCAAAUAUAAUCUUUUCCUCCUCUUCGGAUUCUUUUUGAACGAGGCGAUGUUUCGGUGUACGGUUACUGAGCAUGGUGAAGAUGCUUCUCAUCCCCGGGUCGUCGUCUUGUACAGUACUUCCUGUGUGACUCCACUGACUCAGAUAGUGUGACUCUAUUUUCUCCUGUUGUACAGAAAGAUGUGUGUGUGUGAGUGUGUGUGUGUGUGUGUGUGUGUGCGCGCAUGCACAUGUGUGAGAGAGUUGAGACAGACUUUAGUUUUUUCACCUGUCAAUUCUCUUUUUUCUCUCUUUAAAGUGUUUUUCUCCUUUUUGUUCCCUUGCUUUUCUACCCCUUUCCCUUUCUUGCUAACCUCCUGAUAUUUCACUCUUCUCUGCUGUCUUUCCUUCUGUCCUCCCCUCUUCGUCUGUUUUUAUAGAUAUACUGUUGAGCUAAAUUCUGUCGUUGUUGUUUGAUGAAGUCUUGUGGUGACUCAAUGGCUCCGGCUUGUGAUGUAAUUUCCUGUAUAUGAUAUUCUCCUCACCAUUGUCACCAUGGAGACAGUAGCGGUGUUAACAAUGGUUUAUGACUAUGAUGUGUGUAUGAUUUAUUGCUAUGGAGAACCCCUGUGAAUUCUGACCUUUGACCUGCUAUGUGGCGUUCUUAAAUCUAUGGAAUCCAGUGGUGGAACGUUUCAAUAAAGGUGUAAUUCAUCA